AUGCUUCCGCGACAAGCGAACACUUCACUCACGUUUGUCACCGGCGCGACUCAAGGAGGUAUACAACCGCGAUACGAGAUCUUCCAAUUACAGCAAAAUGAAGACCAAUGGAACAUCUUCCUCUUGGCACUCCAGUCUUUUCAACAGAUGGAUCCGUCGAGCGAGCUGUCCUGGUAUCAGAUUGGCGGCAUUCACGGCGUGCCGUAUAUACCGUACGCUGGCGUCGGUCAAUGUCCGGGAUGUCCGACGACGGGCUACUGCACGCACUCGUCGACGCUCUUCCCAAACUGGCAUCGGUCGUACGUUGCGCUGUUCGAGCAAUCGCUCCAACUCAACGCCCUCGCCGUAGCGAAUCAAUUCAGCGGCGACGCCCGAUCCAGAUAUCUGCAAGCAGCGACUUCCCUCCGCAUGCCCUUCUGGGACUGGGCACUCCUCCCCGGAGCAGGCCAAAACCCUUUCCCGCAAAUGUUCACCGACGAGACCGUCACCGUCACCACCCCCUCGGGCCAAGCAACCAUCCACAACCCCCUGCACUCCUACUCCUUCGGCUCCGCCAACCACACCUUUAUGAAGACCGCCUUCACCCCGGACUCCGACGUCACAAUCCGUAACCCGACCUUCACCCUCGCAACGCGCGAAUCGCUCCGCACAGACCUCUACGCCCUCCUCACCUCUGCCCAAGGCUUCAACAACUUCGCCACCCAAUCCCUCUACAAGGCGCGCGACAACCCCAACAGCAUCGAAAUGCUGCACGACCGCGUGCACGUCCGCACCGGCGGCGACAUGGCCUACAUCCCGACCGCGGCCUUCGAUCCCAUCUUCUUCCUGCACCACGCCGCCGUCGACCACGCGUACGCGCUCUGGCAGCUCGCGAACCCGGAGGACUUCAUGACGGCGUGGACGGAGGUCGGGUCCACGUACACGUACACCAGCGGGACGGUGGAGAAUGCCGAGUCGGCUUUGACGCCUUUCCGGUCGAAUGGGAAGGGCGGCUUUUGGAGCCCGGAUGCUGUGCGCAAUACGACGAUUUUCAAUUAUGUGUAUGCUGAUUUGGAGAUGGGUCAGUCGGCUGCGGUGAUUAUCAAUACGCUUUAUGGGGAUGACAAUUUGACGGAUACGAGGGCGGCUUCGAUGGGGAUCCACAAGAAGACCCAGCCGAGCCAUAAGGAAGAUCACUCCCGCAAGAAACCUCACCAACAAAAGAGCGAAACGCGGCAAGAAUACAUCAUCAACAUCCGCGCCGACUCAAUGGGCGCCGAGGGCUCAUUCACAGUCUUCUUCUUCGACCAAGAAGUGCGAGACGACGAGGUGUGUUCGUGGCACGAGAGCGAGGCAGUCAUCGCUUCGCACAGCUUCUUCACCGGGCCGGGGAAGAAAGGGGAUGGCACACUUCUAUCCAGCGCAGGCACUUCUCUCACUCCGGGUCUGAGGAGAGCGGUGAAGGAUGGCAGGCUGGCUAGCUUGGAGGAAGAGGAUGUCGUGCGGUAUUUGAGGAGCACACUGCGGUGGAGAGUCAAGAUGCAGCAGGGGAAGGCUGUGGAUGAGUCGGAGAUUCCGGGGUUAGAGAUCAGAGUGCUGAUGGCGGAGGUCAGGGGCCCGAAGGCGCUGGAUGAGAUGCCUGUUUGGAGUCCGUUUAGAGCUCUCGAGCUAUGA